AUGCUGUCACGUAGCGCGAUGAGAGUGUCUACUCAGACUACGCGCUCCCUCGGCGCUGCCGGGCGCGGCAGCCUCGCCGCAGCUGGGAGAGCUCUCGCUCCCAGCCAAACGACCGGCUGCAGCCCCGGCGCAUUUGUUCCCUCCCAGAGUCGUCGAUGUAUUUCCAUGUAUGGCUACACACAAGCGAAAGCUCUAGUGUAUUCAAAGUAUGGCGAGCCAAAGGAUGUUCUGAGUCUUCACAAACACUCCAUCUCCGCUCCUCAUGGUACCCAGGUGAACCUACGCCUCUUGACCGCGCCCAUGAACCCCGCAGACGUCAACCAGAUCCAAGGCGUCUACCCCAGUAAACCACCGUUUCAGACUCUGCUCGGUACCGCUGAGCCAUCUGCCGUCGGCGGAAACGAAGGCGCAUUCGAGGUGAUUGCUACCGGAGCGAACGUGAAAACACUGACUAAGGGAGAUUGGGUGAUUAUGCGACGCACGGGACUGGGUACCUGGCGCACGCAUGCGCAACUUGACGAGUCUCAGCUCAUCCGCAUCGAGAACAAGGACGGUCUGACGCCGUUGCAGGUCGGUACAGUCAGCGUGAACCCGGUGACGGCGUACCGAAUGAUUCGCGACUUCUGUGAAUGGGACUGGAUGCGCGCCGGAGAGGAGUGGAUGAUUCAGAAUGGGGCAAAUAGCGGCGUUGGCCGCGCGGCGAUUCAAUUGUGUCGCGAGUGGGGGAUCAAGUCGCUGAAUGUGGUUCGGGAACGGAAAACGCAUGAAGAGACCGAGGCCCUGAAGAAGGAGCUCAAGGAGCUGGGUGCUACCGCGGUGGUUACCGAAGGAGAGAUGAUGACGAGCGGGUUCAAGGAUACGGUUGCCGAACUGACGCGGCAGGGCCGGGAACCGAUUCGGCUGGCACUGAACUGCGUCGGGGGCAAGAACGCCACGGCGAUGGCCAAGACACUGGCACCGGACUCACAUAUGGUCACUUAUGGAGCUAUGUCUAAGCAGCCGGUGGCUUUGCCGUCGGGGCUGUUGAUCUUCAAGAAUCUCUCGUUCGAUGGGUUCUGGGUCAGCCGGUGGGGCGACAAGAACCCGGUGCUCAAGGAGAAUACGAUCAAUGAUGUCCUGCAGAUGACGCGAUCUGGCCGAUUCAAGGACAUCCCCGUGGACAAGGUUGAAUGGAAGUGGAACUUGGAGGGACCACAGCUGGCCGAGGCCGUCCAGGGCACUCUGGGGGGAUACCGGAGUGGCAAGGGGGUGUUUACAUUCACCGGCGGGGAUGAGUAG